GUAUUUACUUAUCAUUAAUACUGUAUUUAUGAUUGAUUUCGUGUAUUCUUUACCUCACAAUUCAAAUCAACUAAAUAUAUUCCUUAUUCGUUUCAUAUAAGUUGUUCUAGAAAUUUCGAAGUAGGUUUGCAUGAAAAUAUUUCGAUCUGUUUUGAAAAGCUGGAUGCAGUGUAACAUUACUACUGAGUCGGAAUUCACUUGCUGCAAGGCAGUUGCAGACAUCAAAAGCAGCUUCGCAUUUUUUGAUGUUCUACAGAAUCUGCCCUCUACAGAAGUCUACAAUACUCAUUAGUCAUUACCUUUACUUGCGAUAGCAGACAUCUCUGCCGAGAGAAACGAGUUUCUUGAAUUGCAUCUUUUUAAUCAGUUUUUUGGGGGAAUACAGCAAAAUCAGUUCCUUCCACCUUGGAUGAGUGGAUCCUCAAAUUGUCUGUUUCGUGACUGCGAUCCAUCCAUCAUGUCAAAUCCAGUGGCAGAAAAAGAACCAGAGAAGCAGGCCCCAUAUUACUUUCGCCAAAAAGGGGGCAAACGGGUCGCCUACUUCCACGAUCCCUCCAUUGGCAACUUUCACUACGGUCCCAACCAUCCGAUGAAGCCACAUCGCCUGGCACUGACCCAUGCACUGGUGGUGUCAUACAACCUUGACGAACACAUGGAUGUCUACCGGCCCCAUCGGGCGUCGCAGAUCGACAUGGAGAAAUUCCACUCCAAAGAAUACAUUAAAUUCCUCUCCACCGUCACGCCAGCCACCCUCCCGGAAUUCAUCAAACUGGGCGUUCCAGUGCAGAACUUCAACGUGGGCGAUGAUUGCCCGGUGUUUCCUGGCUUGUUCGACUACUGCUCCGCCUACACCGGCGGAAGUUUGGACGGUGCACGCACCUUGAAUACAGGCGCUUACGACAUUGCCAUCAAUUGGGCAGGCGGGUUACAUCAUGCGAAAAAAGUGGAAGCGUCCGGGUUUUGUUACAUUAAUGAUAUUGUGCUGGCUAUACUAGAGCUGUUGAAAUAUCACCAGAGAGUGGUAUAUAUUGAUAUUGACAUCCACCACGGGGAUGGUGUCCAAGAAGCAUUUUAUCUGUGCGAUCGCGUAAUGACAGUUAGCUUUCACAGAUACGGGGACCGUUUCUUUCCCGGCACGGGCAGCAUGUAUGAAGUAGGUUGUGACGCUGGGCGAUACUAUUCCGUCAAUGUUCCCCUUCGGCAAGGAAUCGACGACGACAGUUACUUCGAUCAUGUUUUUAAGCCCGUCAUGGACAAAGUGAUGAGUUUUUUCCUACCUUCCGCAGUUGUUCUCCAGUGCGGCGCGGACUCUUUGGCCGGCGAUCGUUUAGGGAGUUUCUCUCUGACGAUUCGAGGCCACGGGAAGUGUGUAGAGUAUAUGAAACGCUUCAAUCUUCCUGUUCUUGUAUUGGGUGGCGGCGGUUACACCGUGCGGAACGUGGCUCGUUGCUGGACAUACGAAACCUCCCUUCUCGUUAACACAGAGCUGAAUACUGAUCUCCCUAUAACAGAAUACUGGGAAGCAUUUAGACCCGAUUUCACCUUGCAUCCCGAGCUUCAGACGACGGAGAAUCAGAACACCAGACAGUACUUGGAGAGCAUUGUACGGCAUGUUACGGAAAAUUUGCGUAAUUUAAAUCAUGCUCCCAGUGUUCACAUGCAUGAUGUGCCGCCGGAACUGCUCAGCGUCGAUUCCCUGACUAACGAUGAACCUGAUGAUGUUGAGACAAAUUCGCCCAUGUCCGAGGAAAUGUAUGGCGAUGAUGAUAUGAUGUUGGAAGAUCUGCCAUAAUCCCUAAUUUUAAUUAGUAGAUUUCAGUGCUUACCUCUGUAAAAUGUCAGUCAGGGGAUCGAUCACGGGCUACAUUUCUGAUCGUCAGCGGUUACAGUUUUUGUUAAUUGUUGUUCCGAUUUGUUAAUUCCCGUUCCCUUUUUUUGUUUUUACUCUAUUGUUCGGUUUUUAUUUUUGGUUUCGUUGCGAAGUUGUAUACCCAUUUUAGUAUUGCAUCAGACAUUGGGCACAGCUGGCUUAAUCUAGCGUAAUACGAGUUAGUUGUUGAUGGUUCAAUUUUAUGUAUCUCUCCACAUCAGUUUUGUGUAAAGGGAGAAAAAAAUUUUUUGUUGCAACUCCGAACAUAUGCAUAAA